AGUUUAGAAGACUUCAUAUGCCAAGUCAACAGGUUGCUGUGUUAUAUCCAGAAACAACCUGUUAUAAAAACGAUGUAAUCCCAAAUUUGAGACUACGCUUGAGGUAAUGGACACAAAACGCCAUUUCCUGAAGUUGAUUGAGGAGCGUCUCCUUGGCGUUCCUCACAAUCCAACAGAAGAUUGAUGCUGGCCUGUUUGGCUGGAUUUACCGCUUUCAUCGACUAUAAAUGUUGACCAUCUGGUGCACAAAUAACCUGGACACCAUCAGCUAACACAACAGUUUCCUGCUCAGUACCUGGACACGGGCAAUUUACCCACUUUCAAACUAUGCUCAAGACCAAGCUAAAUGUGUUGACGUUGAGGAAGGAGCCAUUGCCCACAGUGAUCUUUCAUGAACCAGAGGCCAUCGAGUUGUGCUCCACCACACCAGUCGCAAAGAGCAGGACCCAUACUGGAUACAAGGUGAACUACCUGGGGAAGGUGACCAUCUCUGGGAGCCAGUUUUUGUCAGGCUGCACAGAGGGAGCAGUGGUGGGGCUGGUGGAGCACAGAGCCCUGGCUCAGCAACAGGGGACAUGCCCCAAAGGCAGCUCUGUCCUGGAGAUCCGACCUUUCCAAGUGCGCCUCCAUCACCUGGAUGAGCAUGGAGAGGCCUCCUCAAACAUGGACACGUACCAGGUGGCACGGAUUGCCUAUUGCACGGCUGACCACAGCGUCAGGCCCAAUGUGUUUGCAUGGAUCUAUAGAGAGAUCAACGACGACCUGUCCUUCCAGAUGGACUGCCAUGCCGUCGAAUGUGAAAACAAGCUGGAGGCCAAAAGACUGGCCCACUCCAUGAUGGAGGCCUUCCGCAAGACCUUCCACAGCAUGCGCAGUGACGGGCGCAUUCACAAGAGCGGCUCCACGGACGACUUCACCGAAGACUCGUCCACUCCUGAAGAUACCACUCCAGACGACGGCUGAAGGACUGAACGCAAACUCCUCCUCUCAGUCCUGAUCCAAGGAUGGACAGAUCUCAUUCUCCUCUAGUCUCUUUCUCUUUCAUUUGGAACACAAAUCAACUGACCCUGUGAACCACCAUGCCCAGGUUAAUGACGUAGCUCUGAAACAAAGGGAAGGUUGAUGAAUAAAUGACAUUUAAAAACAUGGAUAGCAAAGUGCUGCCAUUUGAAUCAAAUGCCCUCAAAGACCCACAAGGGCAUCUCAAGCACCUCCUGAGAUUGACUAGACAUUUCCAUUUCUCUUACUCCCUGAAAAGACACACUUUGUGGUUCUUAAGCUUUUUUCAUUUACUGAACUACAAAUAUGGUUCCUGUUACGACCUUAGCUCAUGAAACCGAAUGCUACUCUUGCCAUGUGUGGACCCAGCAAAUAAGACUGUGACUUAUUUUGGGUUCCAUCUCCAGAGUUCCUUCCACGCUGGAGCACAUUAGUUCUCAUAUAAAUGAAUGAUCUAUGUUACAAUGCCUUUGACCUUGAUAAUAAGUAACAAAUGUGGAUACAACUUAAAGCACUAUUCAUAUCAUCACUAUGGUACUACCCAAGACUGAGGUAGAGGCAGUCCCUAUGUCUCUACUAAAUACAAGAAAUAUGGAGCACCUGCUUGGAGAAGGGUGCUCAAAAAGAAUUAGGUUUUGGCUGAAGGGUUGGCCUGUCUGCACAUCUCAAUCAUUCACAUUCUGUUAGUAUACCAAAUCCAGGCUGUUUUUUGCAGCCUGCCAGAUUAUGUGCCUCACUUUCCUCUCACAUUACGUAUUUUUAACCCUGGUCUCAUCAAUUACAUGUGGCCAAGUACUUGUGUUAUACGUAUGCGUGGUAGCUUCCUUCUGCACGGUUGGCGUAUUGCAUAUGAAUGUACAUGAGUGCUUGAAUAUCUGCGCGUGACUGACGAGUAUGUUUGGUUUGGGAAACUAUCCAAGACGUACAAAAGUCAAGGUACUGUGACCAUACUGCCACCUUUAUAAGUUCUUUUUAACUUAGGGAGGAAGAUGCAAAGAUGGGGAGGCAAGGUUGUAGCCGCCAUAGUGCUUGUUCAUAAAUAAUAGCCAUCCGAGGCAAGUGACAAAGCUUUUGAAUGCACUAUACUCGAGUUAUAGUGUAGCGACCAAGGAGCAUCAAUACAACUGCUCCACACCACUUUUUUCCUUUUAACUUGACCAGACAGAACUGUGAUCAUUGAGGCCAUAGGCAGUUCACAGUGGAGCAAAGGAUCAGUUGAUGGCUAAUGAAAGACUUGUGUGGAUCCAGAUGUCAGCUCACCCUAACCCAUAUUAAUGUCCUUGGUUGAAAAUCUUUAUAUCAUAUACGGUACAACAUGUGUUUCAGAUUGUAUGUGAAAACAAUGGUGCCAAAACGCUGGCAAGUCCGUCCAAUUUGGAGUCAGCGUGUUCCAGUGUACUUUCUUCAGUCACCUUGAAAAACAGGUUGAAUCUCAGCUUAAAGACUGUUAUACUUAAACCACAAUCUGUUUUUUUUUUUUUUUUUGCCGAAUUUGACUACAGGCAGAGACAGUUAACAGUACUAUAAACUUAAACCUGAAUUGUUUUACUCUUACAAGCAAUGUAAGAUUUCUUAGAGUCCAAUUAUUAUAUUUGACAUGCAUGCAAAUCAUUAAUGCUAAAAUGCUGUAAAGAUUGGGGAUCAUUCUCGUAUAAUUUAUAGAUAUUUCCUCUGGAGUUUACAUGUGUUUACAUUAGAAACCAGAUAAAUUAUGGCAGCAAGGGGCGUAUUUAAUCAAAGCGUAAUAUCCAGCUAUUUCUACAUGGACUGAUAAAGACGCUAAAGGCUGUACUGUCACAAUCAUACCGGGUACACUGCGUGCUUCGAAUUUAUCCGUUUAAAAUGACAAAUUAUUUUCUUUCUAUAUUUCAUUUUCACCAAUAAUUUUAAGCUACAUUCGGACUGCUGACGUCUGGAGCCACACAGGGCCCAUGCAGUUAACUCCUCUUUGUUGGUCCACUUACACUGCCCAUAUGUUAGGCUCCAGAUUACGUAAUAAUAGACCAGACUUAGAAUACAAUAUUGAUCUAGGGUACGGCACAGAGUAGUACGCAAAGACAUAUUUAAAUCUUUGUUGAUAAGCUUAUAUACAAAUCCAGAUGUAAUCACUUUCCAAGUACAGUAUAGAAAAGAAUAGUUAUAUAAUGAUAGAACAUAGAGAACCAUAGUACAAUACAGAGCAGUGUUAUGAAGCCUACUGUGAAAUAAGAAUAGCCUGAUAGUGGUGUACGUGUGUGUGUCCGUGUGUGUGUGUGUGUGUGUGUGUCUGUGUGUGUCUGUGUGUGUCUGUGUGUGUCUGUGUGUGUAUGGGGUUGAUUGUAUGUGAGUGUGACUGAAGAGUGAGGAGUGUGCAUGGACAGGCCAGAGAUAAGUUUUUAUAAAGCUGUAUAUUACUGUGUCUUGUCUGUCAGAAAGCUUGGACGCGCUUUAAAUGUUCAAAAAUGUUACCUUAAGUGUUUUCUAUACAGUGUUUGCAAAGAUCAAGAAACAAAUUGCAUAUAAAGUACCUAUCAAAUGCAACGGUGUGGUCUAUUUGUUUGCAUUUUAUUAGUAAUAAUGAUAUGGUGAUAUUCUUUUGCCAGGCUGGUGCCACCUAGUGCCUCCUCUCAAUUUCAUUUCUUUCCAGCAACUAG